AUGGCCAACCACACGACGGCCGCGAGCACGGCCGGUGCCGGCUCCUCUGCGGUGGCGCUGUCAUGCUCCCUCGUAGUCGCUCUUGUGCCUCUCUCGUGCGUGCUCCUCCAUCGUGUGAGCGAGCUCUUCCGACAGCCCAGUCGCACCAGCUGCAGUGCAGGGCUGUCGGAGCGCCUCUGCGAUGCCCGCAAAAUCGAGCACAGGCUACGCACGCAGGUCACAUUCUCCUCCCUCGCCGUCGCGUGGGCCGCCUUCAUCCUGGGCAUCCCGAUGUGCUACAUUGUGCGCUUUGUCGGUGGCAUGUGUGCAAUGGAUGUGAUCAUCUCGAGGGAGCCGCUGCCAGUGCUCGGCCUGCUGACGGUGCUGCCUCCCACGCUGGUCCUGCUAGCCUGCAGGCCCCUGGACCACGUUGGUGUCCGACUCGCAGGAGCCUUCUGCGCCAUCACCCAUUUCUACUAUGUCGCGCACGAUGUCGCCGCGUGCCAGUACACCGCCAGCCGUUGCUAUAGCCUGGAUCAGCCAAUCUGCCUCGACAGCAUGUGGGUGGGAGCCGCGGUGUCCGGGUGGGAGGCCAGCAAGCUGGCUCCGCUGCUGCUUUUGGGCCUGCUAGAUAAGGCGGCCCUGGUCGCCGGCGGCGCCGUGUAUAUUACAGUCAUCGUGCGCUCAGCGUCCACGCGAGACGCGCUGAGCAGGCUCUUCGUCACACUGCGAGUCGUCUUCCUCGUCAGCUUCGUCUCGAGCAGCGGCCAGUGGCUCUGGCUGCUCUCACACCAGACUGCGCGCUUCGGCACCAGCCAUAUUCACGAUUGCGGCUGGUCGCACUUCGUGCGCAAGAGCUUCGGCAGCGGCUUUGGCUUGCUCUUCGCCGUCUUCCUGACCAGGUUUGCAUGCGAGAGGAUCGAGGGUGUCGAGCAGGCGCCGCUCACAGCCCCAGUGGAUAAUAGGCGUGUUCGCGGGCGUAUCCAUCGCUGCCUCGGUUGGAAUUGGCUCCGCGCGAGCUCGCGCUCUAUGGCUGCUGUCGCGUCGCUCGUCGGCAGCGGCGCAAUCGAGACGGACCAGCGCUGUCGCAAAGCCAUCGACACAUUCCGCGCGAUGCCGUGGGCGGGCCUAACCGAGGCGGAUCUUUUGCUGGGUCAGGCUCCAGAAGAAGACAGGAGCGAGCCGGCGAGGCUGGGGGAGGUGGACGCUUUCAUCUCGCACUCGUGGGCGGACGCGGGCGCUGAAAAGUACGAGGUUCUGCGCGAGUGGGCUGGCGGCUUCGAGGCGGAGCACGGCCGCCCGCCGCUGCUGUGGCUCGACCGCUGCUGUAUUCGACAGGACGCCGUCGCGGCAAGCCUGCUCCAGCUGCCCAUCUACCUGUCCGGCUGCCGCAGCUUGCUGGUGCUGCAUGGGCCGACCUAUUGCUCGCGGCUGUGGUGUGUGCUUGAAAUAUUCAUCUUUGUGGCGAUGGGUGGCGCGCCGGGCCAGGUUGAGGUGCUGCCGCUGCGCGGUCUUGGCGGUGGGAGGGCCCAGUGCGGCCUGGAGGGCGGCUUGGCGCGCUUCCGGCUGAGCGAGGCAUCGUGCUCGCUGCCAAGCGACCGCACGCGCAUGCUCGCGGUGAUUGAGUGCAGCUUUGGCGACGAGGUACCCUUCAACCAGAUGGUGCAGACCCUGUUGAGGAGGAAGAUCGGUGCCGCUUCGGGCUCGUCAGCGGUAUAG